AUGAUGGCUGAGGAGUCCCUGGAUCAGAAGCCAGCCUCAAGUUCAGGCCAAUGCGAGUAUGCUGUAUCCUUUGCCUUCGCUAAGAGCCAGGGGAUGUUCAGGAGGGCAUCGUGUAUAGACGGCAGUUCAAAUCCUAAGGUGCCAGGGCCCAGAGUUGACUUCGUCCCAGAAAGUGUUUGGAAAUCCAUGAGAGAUGGCCUCUUUGUGUCUCCGGCAUGCGGUGCCGAUGUGCAGCUUCAGCCCAGGAGUACAGGAAAGGCUGUCCUUAUUACCUUUAUGAUUGACGAGCUUAUUCCCAGCGCCAGUGCUCCUGGAUCCAGUAAGAGCGUGGUUGUCAAGGUUGGAUGGAUUUUCUCCAUACUCCAGUCGCUCAUCAACCUCGGAGAUCUUGUGCCCCAUGAGGCGCCUAGCCACGGGGGAGGGAUGAGGAGGUCCAGAAGAGUUGUGAACGCCAUUGUCGACCCCACAGAUAGGUUGUUCGAUAUAGUCCCGGAGAUCAUGGGCCUCCGCCUUGGCCUAGACGAGUUUAUGAGGAGAUACAGAGUUCUAGCAUCCGACGGGAGAGUGCUCCAUCCUUUGGCGAGGCUUGACGAGUUUGAGAACAGGAGUGUGCUAAAGAUUUCAAAGAUCACAAGGAUGCCUGACGGAAGGGUUCUAUCUGUUGACGAUCACAUGAGGAGCAUUGUUCGCGGACUCAGGAACCAGGGGAAUACCUGCUUCAUGAACAGCGGGCUCCAGUGCCUGAUGAACUGCUGGAAGCUCUCAGAGUACUUCAUAAGCAGGGAGUAUGAAGAGUCCCUGAACAGGCACAAAGCUAUCCAUGCAUCCUUGGCAAGUGCAUACUACGACCUUAUUUCCCAGGUAUAUGAUGGAAACCUCCAUGCCAUCACACCCGUGGGAAUCAGAAAAAGCCUGGGGUCGAUAUACGAGGAGUACAAGGGAAACGACGAGCAGGACUCCGUCGAGUUUAUCACCAAGAUGCUGGACACACUACACGAGGCCCUUUCCACCCAAUCCUCGCAUCCCAAGAAGAAGGAAAAGGAAAAGUGGUGGGAGCACAACAGAUCAAUUAUUACAGACCUGUUUUUCUUCUGCCUGAAGUCCACACUGACAUGCCGGGGAUGCGGCAGUACCAAGGUGUCCAUCGAGCCUGCAGUGUGCCUCUCUCUACCAAUUCCCCGUUCCAUGCAGCACAAAGAUAACAUUGUGGUGUUCUAUGAAUCAGGCAGGAGACAGCCUGUGAAGAUAUAUGCCGAUGCAUCCACCAGCAUCAGAGGCCUCAAGAAGCUACUGGAUGCCGAAUAUGGGGUACUAGGAAAGGUCAUGUGCAUAUGGUAUGACGGCAACAGGAAUAUGCUUGAGCCUGCAGAUGACGUUGUCUUACAGGACAUUCCGCAAACACUGUUCUGCUAUGAGUACUCCGAAGACAUUGAGUACUGCUGGGUCCACCUGAAGACCAAGAGGCUGUUUAUGGACAAGUCAUUCAAGUUCAACAUUCUGAUCAAGGCCUCUGGCUACGACGGACUACUGGUGCUCCUGGAGAUGAAGAAGACCCUUGCUUGCCUUGUUUCGGAGGAGGUCCGAUGCCUCUUGGAGGAGAGCAGCAUAUCCUCCUACUUCAAACUAGAGAACGCAGGCAAAACCCCGAGGGAAAAGCAGAUGAACUUUCCAGUGGCGGUAGUGAUAAGCAGAGCCCAUGAAGGCAAAAGGCUGCUCAGCCUGUUCCACGACCCGUUGGGCACGAUUAGAGAGAUAGGCGCGCCUAAGCCAACCCUCCAGCACUGCGUAAAUAGAUUUCUAGAAAAAGAGGAUCUCCAUCCAUCAGAGCGCCUGCACUGCGAGGGAUGCAAUGGAAAGAUGAUGUUUAGCAAGAAAAUGGAUCUGGAGGACCUCCCGAUGUAUCUGAUAAUCCAGCUGAAAAGAUUCCAGUAUGUAAACAGCUCACCGAUGAAGAUCUCGACGCUGAUUGAGUAUCCCCUUGACAAGUUUCUCCUCAAUGGAGUUGAGUAUAUGGUCAUAGGAGUGUGCAACCAUGACUCGGACGCAGUCACGUCGAGCGGGCAUUAUGUAAGCUAUCUGCGGAAGAACGGAUGGUAUCUCUGCAACGACCAGAAGAUCGAGAGAGUCGAUGAAGUCGACAAGGAGCACACGUAUGUCCUUUUCCUUGAAAGAUGUUCCUAG